CAACCCUUUUAAGAGGUAAAAAAAAUACGAAACUCUGUUUCUUCAAUUCAUUUAUGCCAAGAAUUCCAAUUAAUCUCUAUCUCUUCGUGGUCCCUGUUUUCGUUUCUAUUUCUUGAAGGGCGGCUAUCUGAUCCCAUUGCCGGAAUUGGAUUGAUUCAAAUUCACAUUUCAUUUGUCUGGAGAAGAUUUUGGGGAAAGAUCUUUUACUGCUUCUGGGUCUUUUUUUUUUGUGAUUGAUUGCAUGGGAGCAGUAAUUGUCUUGGAUGCUGUAAUAAGCCCCCACUAAUCACCUUAGUGAAUGAUCAAUCAAAAGGACUGAAAACUCAAGGUAAUCAAGUGGACAAUCCAAGCAUAUCGGAGGGUUUCUGGACGACCACCACAUGUUAUAUGGGCAACAGCGCAGUUCAGUCCCAAGGAAGCAUCUCAUCAAUCAACACAACUAACCAGAUCCUUGAUGUGAAUGGUGCAACUGGCAGCAUUAACACUCCUUCUGAAUUCGUAAAUCAUGGCCUUAUUCUCUGGAAUCAAACUAGGCAACGAUGGGUAGGAAAUAAAAAGUUUGAAAACAGGCCACAAGAGGUUCGGGAACUCAAAUUAACUUGGGAUGUGACGUAUGACAGUUUACUAGGGAGUAACAAGCCAUUCCGUCGGCCAAUUCCUCUCUCGGAAAUGGUAGAUUUCCUUGUGGACGUUUGGGAGCAGGAGGGGAAUGUAUGAUUGAGAAGCUAAAACAACUAAUUUUGAAGGUUGGUCAGCUUUCUUAGGGCUUCAAUUGCUGUAAACAUUAAAUUGCUCUCACUGUACGAAGAGGCGGUGGUCGAGCAAAGCGUGGUGUGUAUCUCAACUGUAACAUUAUAUCCUUGGCAUGCCCGCUUUGCUUUUGGUAUUGCAUUAUGACUGAGAAUAUUCUGCCUGGGUUUUUGCAAGGAAGUAGUUUAGUUUGUUUA